CCAAACCGCUGUCAACAGACGUGGAAUAUACAUUUUUCCGUUUUCCUCGCUUUUUCUAUUUAUUUGUUCCACAAAAAACUCUUAUUUUUCUUCAAUACAAAGAAUUAAACUAAUAUUCACAUAAAUUCCAAAUGUAAUCGAUAUAAAGACAAAUUAUGGACAAAACCCACAUUUUCAAGGCUUGCAUUAAAGCCGUCAAAGACGACACACAACAUCCAAUUCUAGAUAAAAAUCGUAUCCUCCAAACUCGUCCACGAGAUGAAUUUGCCAAACAGGCCAAAGAUGCUUGUAACAAAAUUACAACUCUCCGAAAUGUUUUGCUAGAAAAUCGUUCAGCUUAUAUGAAAAUUGGUAUGCAUCUAAAAUCUUCAGCUCAAAUGACCGAUGGUCAGCGAGAUCUAAUCGAUAGAGAAUCAGAAAAGUUUGUAAAUUUCUAUACUGUGCAUUUGGCUCAAUUGCGCAGCGAUUGGAAGAAAAUCAAACGAAAACGACAACAUCAACAACACAUUGAAGUUGUUUUAGAUUUGUUGACUGAAUAUUUGAAAAAUGUUUAUGAUAUUUUCUUGGAACAAAAAAAGUAUAGAGUUCAACAUGAAUUAGAUAGUUAUAGAUUGCUCAAAUUGGCUUCGGAUAAGAAAAAAAUCCCAGUUAGACCUGGCGGGGAGAUUGUCAAGAAGCCAUUGAUGAGUAAAUUAUCGUCAGGUUCUAGCGAAGAAUAUAUUCCUAAUGGUAGCAAUGAUGACCAUGAACAACGACACUAUUCGUCAGCGAAUGGUAGAGAUCGUUCUUCCUAUCGUGGAUUAGAUUCUGAGAAUGAUGAAGAUGAUGAUGACGAUGAUGAUGAUGAUUUUGAUGGUGAACCAACAAGAAUAAGGGAAUUGGAUAGAAUUAAACGAAAAUUAGAAACAAAUGACGAAGCAAAAGUAGCACUCGAUGAAGACAUUCAGAAAUCUCAGCAAUUAGUUGAUGAGGAAGCAAAAGAAUUGAGUCCCGAGGACAUUCAAAUGUUUGAAGAGGAGAAUGUUCAGCUCUUCCAUGAAUUGCAGGGAUUAUCUGAAGAAGUAGAGUUAAUUGAGAAGAAUGUAGUUGAUAUCGCACAGUUGCAGGAUAUUUUCACAGAGAAGGUAUCUUUACAAAAACAUAAUAUUGAGAGAAUUGCUAAUGCAGUUAUAGGCGCCACAGAAAAUGUCAAGGAUGCCAAUGAACAGAUUAAGCAAGCUAUACAACGCAAUGCAGGCCUUAGAGUUUGGUCGUUAUUCUUUUUGUUAGUUAUGUCAUUUGCUUUGUUAUUUUUAGAUUGGUACUAUGAUUAAACAAAAAAAUUAAACAAUUAUAUUAUAUUAUAAUAAAUUAAUAUAAAUUAGAAAA